AUGUUGAUGCUCAGACAGCUGUCGCAGCGGCGGCAGUACGUCUGUCGACAAUGCGUACGUAAUCAACACACGCUCGCGCGCGGUGAACGACCGAAACAAAGAUGGGCUGGCGAAGACGCAGACAAAGGUUCGCGACAGGCCGAGUGGGAGGAGAAUGCUAGCAAGAUAAGAGCAGGCGCACAGCAGAGCAUGCUAAAGCUGCUCGAGGAGCGUGGAUUUGUCAAGGAUGUCGCUGGUGGGCGUCAAACGCUCGACUGGCUCCUCACCGAGAAGCGCAUAGGAGUCUAUGUCGGUGUCGACCCUACCGCUCCCUCGCUCCACGUCGGUCACCUUUUGCCCCUCAUGGCACUGUACUGGAUGUACCUCCACGGCUACUACACCGUCAGCUUGCUAGGCGGAGGCACGGUGCAGAUUGGAGAUCCUUCAGGGAGGGCUACCGCUCGUUCGCGUCAGGGUGCAGACGUCCAGUCUAUGAACAUCGAAAGCAUACGGCGACAGCUCGAUAAGCUAUGGACGCACGUCAAGUGCUUAGGCAUCAAGCAUCAUUACUCGCCAGAGGUCAGCAGGAAGCAGGAUAUCCUGAACAACCGCACAUGGCUUGAGAAGCUCAGUGCUGUUGAAUUGAUGAGGGAUCUGGGGUCUGGUAUGCGCCUGGGCACCAUGCUCAGUCGUGACUCAGUCAAACUACGCAUGGAGAGCGGCGAAGGCAUGGCCAUAUCCGAGUUCUCGUACCCUCUCUUCCAAGCUUACGACUGGUGGAGCAUGUACCAGAACAAAGGCGUACAAAUGCAGAUUGGCGGCUCAGAUCAAUACGGCAACAUCUGCGCAGGCAUGGACGCCGUCUCGCACAUGCGCAAGCUCCGUCGUCUCAACUCUUCUCAGCAAGACGAAGAGGACCCGCGCAUCGCAGCCUACGGCCUGACUACACCGCUCCUUACAACGGCUUCUGGCGAGAAGUUUGGCAAGAGUGCAGGCAACGCCGUUUGGCUCGACAAGACUAUGAUGAACUCCUUCGACCUGUACCAGUACUUUAUGCGCACCGCCGACGCCGAUGUCGAGCGUUACUUGAAGCUUUUCACCUUUCUACCUCUCGAUCAGAUUUCUCUCCUCGUGGAGCAGCAGCGCAAGGACGCAUCAAAACGUACUGCGCAGCACAUCCUCGCGAAAGAGAUCGUGGAGCUUGCACAUGGCGCUACAGAAGCGAAGAAGGCCGAGACAGCACACAAAGAGGCUUUCAGCCACGGCACGAACACCUUCUCCCUCGGCGCGCUGCGGAAAACACUGGGCACUGCUGAUUCCAACUCUGGACUGGGCGCACAGAAGGAGAAGCUGAGCAAAUUUGACAUCGAGUUACUGGAGUACAAGCGCGCGUACGCUGCGUCCUCGACCACACAGCCCACGUCCGGCACCUCUGUACCCCCUUCUGCCUCGCAAUCCAAACAAGAAUCCGUAGUAACCCUCCCCCUCUCCCUUCUCACACCCGGGUCCUUCCCCCGCGUCCUUCACGCUGCCGGCCUCGCCACCACCAAGAGCGAAGCCCACCGCCUCAUCGCAAAGAAAGGCGCCUACGUCGUCCUCCCCAACUCGGGAAGCGUCGAAGCUCCUACAGCGCUCAAGUGGAUGACGAUUGAGGCUUCGUCAAUAGCGAACCCGCGGCACUUCCUCAUCGAUUUCGAGGCCUUGGUGCUGAGGAGCGGGAAGAGCAAGAUCCAGGUUGUCCGGGUGGUGAGCGAUGAGCAGUUUGAAACGCAGGCGCUGGAGACAGAGGGGAAAGUAGAUGGAGAGCAGGCGGAGAGGAAGCUGGAAGAGGAGGCCACAGACGAUAUUGCGGAAGAAGAGGGUACAUCUGCAGCCAAGUCAGAAGCCGCGGCCAAGACGUCGACCGGCGAGUCUGUGCCUUUCCAGCCGUCGUAG